AUGGAAGCAGUUAGCCUAGCUGGCACUAUUGUUCAAUUCACGCAAGUUGGGCUAGAAUUUUUCAGCCGCUUCCUCGCUUUAUAUCGAUCAGCAAAUGGGACACUCGAGGAGAUGGCCGACAAGGAGAAACACAUUCAAGCCCUUUUGAGAGAUAUUGCAUGUCUUGAGGCUAUUCCUCUUACCCAUAUUGAUAACGAACACGUCAGGGCUUGCCGUAAAGUUCUCGAACAGCUGUCGCAUAUCAUAAACUCAACGAAGGGACACGGAAAGCGGCGUGUUAUCUCGAAUUUCAAGGCUGCAGCCCGGGCAUUUGCGCGGUACAAAACCUUCAACUAAGCUUCAUGUUCCCAGAAACCAAAGGAUCUGGGAUAUCCGUGGGAAAGGGGAGCACCUGAGGAAUAUGUCCUUAUUGAUGACGGCCUUGAUCAAAGUUACUAUCUGCCUUCGAAUUUUUGCUGCUCGCAAAAGAUGUUCUUAAAGCUCCUCUUACACAAGUUUGAAGAGAGAGACCUCCCUGGGUUGGACCUAGUACGAAAUACUCAUUUGGAGCUAUGGAGUUGGGACGAACAAACAAAACUCGAUAACGAUACUUGGAAUAUGCAUGUUACAUCAGGACGAGGUCUCAAAGUCUCAUUUGUGAUGAGCACCUGGACAGGAUUCGACCAUCUCAAAUGUGUGCGCUGUGGGGAGAAGCAGGUGGAGACUAUAUACCGUCGGAAAUAUAGCACAUGCCCCCAAUGCCAAUUGGAACUACGUUGGGUAGAGCCUGAUGACAUCCCCUACGAAGCUAAGGACACGGCGCUCAUACCAUUUAACGGUGAUGUACCGCAAGGCCUAAUGUCCGGAGAGUCUUCACAGCAAAGUCAAAGCCAAUCCAUACGAGCAAGUUGUAAGGAUGAUACACAAGCUAUCGAGAAAGUGUGUCGCCGACUUACCAUGAAAUGGGAGCCUAUAUUCAAUAUCACCCACCGAUAUCUCUACUGCCGUUGCAUCUUGCGCAGUUCCACGCCAUCGUCACUCUGCCCGGAGAUUACCACGCUCAUCAACUCUAGAUGUCCCCGACACAGUAGUGAAAGAACUACACACACCGACUACGGAGAUAUGAAUUACCAUCAAGAUCCGUAUUUUGAUCAAUUCGGCGGGUAUAACGCAUUCCGUGCCAUGGUAUUCUCGAUAUUUCCAGGGGUAUAUAUCGAUAUUCUUGGCCGAUAUGAUUUCAUAGCCGAGGAAGAGCUGCAAGGCGUUGUCGACGAUUUAAAAUCUGCAACUGAUCGACUGGGAGAAACACUUGAGGAUGCAGUUCAUGAAUAUAUGAACGAUGUCUUUAAAGACGCCAAUCGAGCGGGAAUCCCGCUACCUAGUGAUGUCAUUGAAUUUUUGCGUUUGAGGGAAGAAAGGGAACAGGAAAACAAGAUACAAGGCUCCCAUAUCCACCCCGAUAGUAUCAAAGACUUCUCGGAGUCCCCAAUGUCGCAAGAGGUUAUAGAUAUUCAACUUGGCCGAUGGUCAGGGAAACCACAUUGGGCAGUUGAAAAUUGCUAA